GUGUGACGUUUUGGGACGGGGAGGUCAUUGGAAAGUGAGGGUGUUUGGGUUAAUUUCGGGGAUAGUUUCAUCGUGCAAUCGGCAACAUAAAGUUCGUUUUCAGCGAGAGAGCCCUCUCGUUGUUGUGUCGAUUGCCCGCUUUUUGGAAAUUAACGCAGGCUGCGCGAAAUGUUGCGUCUGGUGGUGCGUCUGAGACGGUCCGCCAGCCUCACCCGGCCCCGGUUCUGUUCGGGCCCCGCUUUCAGCUCGCCAUCCGGACCCGGCGCUUGUCAUGUUAAGAGGUACCAUUCAGGAGAUCCGACGCGGAUUCGGCCAGUGUGUUAUGCCACAAAAAUUAGCGCCAGCAACGGAAACGGUUUCUUGCAAGGUAACCAGAUCGUGUGUUCCUAUCAGAGCAAGCGAUUCUACAGCUUCCCGCCCCAUCAGAAGGUGGAGCUCCCAGCGCUGUCUCCCACGAUGCAGAUGGGCACCAUCGCCCGCUGGGAGAAGAAGGAGGGAGACAAGAUCAACGAGGGUGACCUGAUAGCAGAGGUGGAGACAGACAAGGCGACCGUGGGCUUCGAGAUGCUGGAGGAGUGCUACCUGGCCAAGAUCCUGAUCCCCGAGGGCACGAGGGACGUGGCCCUGGGGACUGUCAUCUGCAUCACUGUGGACAGCCCUGACCUCAUCCCAGCCUUUAAGGACUACACCGUGGACACGGCAGCGUCGGCCUCCGCCCCUGCCCCCGCGGCUCAGGCCCCGCCUCCUCCCCCGCCCUCUCCCGCUGCCGCCCCUGCCGCCCCCCCACAGGCCCCCGGGAGCUCCUACCCCCCUCACAUGAAGAUCCUGCUGCCCGCCCUGUCGCCCACCAUGACCAUGGGAACCGUGCAGCGCUGGGAGAAGAAGGUGGGAGAGAAGCUGAGUGAGGGAGACCUGCUGGCCGAGAUCGAGACGGACAAGGCCACCAUCGGUUUCGAGGUGCAGGAGGAGGGCUACCUGGCCAAGGUGAUGGUGCCAGAGGGGACCCGCGAUGUGCCCCUGGGCACGCCCCUCUGCAUCAUUGUGGAGAAGGAGGCCGACAUCCAGGCUUUCGCUGACUACGUGGAGACGGGUGUUGCUGAGAUCUCAGCCCCGCCCCCGCCCCCAGCCCCAGCGCCUGCCGCGGUUGCGGCCCCGCCUCCCCCCCCUCCAGCCGCACCCGCAGCCCCCGCCCCUGCCCCCAGCCCGGCCGUCCCUGCAGGAGCCAAGAAGGGCAGGGUGUUUGCCAGCCCCCUGGCCAAAAAACUGGCAACUGAAAAGGGUAUUGACCUGGCCCAGGUCAAAGGGUCAGGCCCAGAUGGGAGAGUCACCAGGAAAGAUAUCGAGAGCUUUGUCCCACCAAAGGCGGCCCCUGCCCCGGUCGCCGCCCCUGCUCCUGCCCCCGCCCCUGCGGCUCCCACCCCCGUCCCAGCGGUGGCUGCCGUGCCGACUGGAACCUUCACGGACAUCCCCAUCAGCAACAUCCGCAGGGUCAUUGCACAGAGGCUGAUGCAGUCUAAGCAGACCAUCCCUCAUUACUACCUCUCUGUGGAUGUCAACAUGGACCAAGUGCUGGAGCUGAGGAAGGAGCUCAAUGAGGAGGUGAAGGCGGAUAACAUCAAGCUGUCAGUGAAUGACUUCAUCAUUAAAGCCUCAGCGCUGGCCUGUCUGAAGGUGCCUGAGGCAAACUCCUCCUGGCUGGACACUGUGAUUCGCCAGAACCAUGUUGUGGACGUCAGCGUGGCGGUCAGCACGCCCAGCGGCCUGAUCACGCCCAUCGUGUUCAACGCCCACAUCAAAGGCCUGGCCACCAUCAGCAAAGACGUGGCGGUGCUGGCAGCCAAGGCUCGGGAGGGCAAGCUUCAGCCGCAUGAGUUCCAGGGAGGAACCUUCACCAUCUCCAACCUCGGCAUGUUUGGCAUCAAGAACUUCUCCGCCAUCAUUAACCCUCCCCAGGCCUGUAUACUGGCUGUGGGGGGAUCUGAGAGGAGACUGCUGCCCGCGGACAACGAGAAAGGGUUUGACGUGGCCAGCAUGAUGUCGGUGACGCUGAGCUGUGACCAUCGGGUGGUGGACGGGGCUGUGGGAGCCCAGUGGCUGGCCGAAUUCCGCAAGUUCCUGGAGAAACCCGUCACCAUGCUGCUGUAACGGGCCCUCAGGCCGCCCCCUGCGGAGGACGGGGGGGCAGGGAACCCCUCUCACAGGAUCCACACCACCCACCAAACCCCCA